CUCGGCGCGAACUGCAUGUUUCGUGGCUUACCAUAUAGUUUCUUGCGCGUUUGUUUCUUCCUAGCAACCUACUGCUGGGCGCAAUGUUUAAGAUCACCGUGCUUCUACUGCUAUGUGCAGCGGUCAUCGGCGCUGAGAUGCCGGACAUGUUCAAAGGCUGCAUACGAAAUCCGGAUCACCACGUGGUGCCAGGCAAGUGCACUUUGGCGCCCCGGCGCGCCCUGCGAGGCAAGACCUCGUUACGCCGCUAUGCACACAGACUUCUCAAGAACCCCGUCUUCCAACCGCCCAUGGGGCCCAAUCUCAACACUGUCCUUCGGAUCACUCGCGCAGGACUCUUGGUUACCGACCCGCCACGUGGGUCCGUCGUCCGAGUGGAGUUCGCCACCGUGCUAAGCAACUGCAAGCGCUCGGUGUCCUACUCGGGUAAAAAGUGCCGACCAGUUGGGGAUAAGGCAAAUGGGCUGUGUCAGGCGAAGUUCCUCCUGCAAUACGGCCUGCGCCUGCUCCAGCGUGCCUGGUGCACGCCAUUGUAGUAGGCUAACCUGCUGCCAAGCAAGAUUCCGCUUUUGUGGCCCCCUGAAGCACGAACGCGCCAGG